UGUUUGCCCUUCUUUAGUUAUUGUCACUUUAUUGCCCUACAUUAUGUGCUGAAUGCAUACUGUUCAGAGUUCAAGGAAAAUGCUUUGGCUAGCUCUCUACAUAAUCUGUAUCAAGAAUUUCAUUAUACCAUUCUUAUUUAAAUUUCUAACCCAGCUUAAUACCAGUAAUAAGUAUUCUGAUCCUGCUGUAACUACUAUUGAAAUUAAGCAUCUGGUUGCAAUCUUUCCCAGCGAAGACUAAUUAAAUACUUCCAUUUACUCUCAUAUUUGUUAGAUAUUAUUUUUUUUUUUUUUUUCCCUUCCAAAGUGUGGAUGUUUAAUUCCCUUCUGGUUUUCUCUUACUAAUGUUUCAGGAGCCACAAUGACUUUGGUGGACUUCGGAUGAACCUAUGAGGGAAGUGUCACAGUCUUUUUGUAUGGUGCCACAGGAUCUUCUGUAAGAAGUUAGCACUUGCCUUUAUUUGAAGUUACCAACUGAAUUCUGAAGACUCUGCAAGAGAUCAGAGCACUUUGCUGGACUGACACAGCACAAAGGUGGUGAAAUCGCAUUGCUCUUAAUGAAUGUUUUUCAGAGAGUUUUGUGAAGAGGAAGAUGGGCAUGACCAGAAGGACAUUUUUGAUGGAGCUGGCAAGAAGGAAAGGCUUCAGAGUAGAAAGUGAGCUAAGUGACUCUGUCACACAUAUUGUGGCCGAGAACAACUCCUACCCAGAGGUGCUGGACUGGCUGAGAGGACAGGGUGUGGGCGAUAGCUCCAGAUUUGAACUACUGGAUAUCUCUUGGUUUACAGCCUGCAUGGAAGCGGGAAGACCAGUUGAUUCAGAAAUGAAGUAUCGUCUCAUGGAACAAGGCUAUUCUCCUCCUUUGAAUAUACCUGAAUCAGAAUCUCUACCAUUUAUUGCAAGCAAAGUAUCUCAGUAUUCGUGUCAAAGGAAGACAACUUUAAAUAACUGCAACAAGAAAUUCACGGAUGCCUUUGAGAUAAUGGCUGAGAAUUAUGAGUUCAAAGAAAAUGAAAUAUUCUGCCUGGAAUUUCUGAGGGCAGCUUCUGUGUUAAAAUUUCUCCCAUUUCCAGUAAUCAGAAUGAAAGAUAUACAAGGGCUGCCCUGCAUGGGAGACAGAGUCAGAGAUGUCAUUGAGGAAAUUAUUGAAGAAGGAGAGAGUUCUAGAGCUAAAGAAGUGUUAAAUGAUGAACGAUACAAGUCAUUUAAGCAGUUUACUUCAGUCUUUGGAGUGGGAGUGAAGACAUCUGAGAAAUGGUACAGAAUGGGGUUACGAACUCUGGAAGAGGUAAAAGCUGUCAAGACCCUUAAGCUGUCAAAAAUGCAGAAAGCAGGGUUUUUCUACUAUGAGGACCUUGUUAGCUGUGUAUCUAAGGCAGAAGCAGAUGCAGUAAGCUUGAUUGUCAGGAACACUGUGUGUACAUUUCUACCAGAUGCUUUAGUCACUGUAACUGGUGGUUUCAGGAGGGGUAAGAAGACUGGACAUGAUAUAGAUUUUUUGAUCACCAGUCCAGGACAUAGAGAAGAUGAUGAGCUUCUGCAUAAAGUUGUUGGCUUAUGGAAAAAGCAGGGCUUACUCCUAUAUUGUGAUAUCAUCGAAUCAACAUUUCUAAAGGAACAGAUACCAAGCAGAAAAGUUGAUGCUAUGGAUAAUUUUCAGAAGUGUUUUGCAAUUUUAAAAUUGUGUCAGCCAAGAGUAGACAACAGCAGUUACAACACAUCAAAAAAUAUCGAUAUGGCAGAAGUCAAAGACUGGAAGGCAAUCCGUGUGGAUUUGAUCAUAGCCCCUUUUGAGCAAUAUGCAUAUGCUCUGUUAGGCUGGACGGGCUCGAGGCAAUUUGGACGUGAUUUGCGGAGGUAUGCUACUCAUGAAAAGAAGAUGAUAUUAGACAAUCAUGCCUUAUAUGACAGGAAAAAGAGGAUCUUUCUCAAAGCUGGAAGUGAGGAAGAAAUCUUUGCGCAUCUUGGUUUGGAUUAUGUUGAGCCGUGGGAAAGGAAUGCUUAAAAUGAUUUGCCAGUGUAUAUUAACCAGUUGACAGCAAUGGUCUUUCUACAUACCCAGAGUCUGGUUUAGAGAUAUAUAUAUAUAUAAUAUGCAUCUCUGUGACAAUUAAAAAUUUUUAGAGAUAUAUAUUAGUUAGAAGCCAUUAUACAUGCUGAUGAAAAGGAAGGAAAGAAGAGUUUAAGUUCUUCAGAUUCCUUUCUAGUCUUUUCUGCUUUAGUUUUUCAGAACUUCCACAUGGGAUUGAGAUAAUGCUUGCUUUUGGGGGCUUUUUGCUUGUGAUAGGAAUUUAACUUUCCUGUGAAGAAUACUUGCAAAGCAUUUAGUGCUUUGGGACAUGAAGUUGCUUACUGACAUUCAUUUGUCAUUCGUAGAAUAAAGGUGAUUAUGAACACCAAACUGGUCAAAUACUUUUAUUAAAAGCCUGUUCGUUUUUUUUUUCUGUUAAGUCUGAUUUGACAUCUUGGCAUGAUGGAGAGAAUGGCAGUGACAGGGCCAUGCACAAAGAAAAAGUAUGCUGAAUUUAUUUACUGGUUCCUUUCAACUGAGGACUGCAUUGUAAUCUAUUCUAAAGCCUCAGUCAGGGAUGUAGAAAAAUAUGAUAACAGCAGGGAAUUUUAUUCUUGCCUGUGCCGAUAAAACCAUCCUUUUUAAGUGCACUUUUGCUAACUGAGCUGAAAAUAUAAUGCUACUUUCUAAAUUGAUCUAACUAGAAUACACUAGCAUUACUUCUUGCUUUAUUGUGCUGAUGUAUGAAGUACCUUCUCUGUGUUUUGUAUCAGGAUGCUGACACUUAAGGAGCAAUGACAUUUUUCAGUCCUAGUGGAAGAGAACAAAAGCUAUGGUACCUCAUCUAAAUAUUCCUUCUACUUGGCCAACAUUUAUCAGAAAUUAUACAUUCCAAUUGUGCUUUUUCUGCAUACUUCAAGCCAGAGGAAAUAUGAAACAUUCUGAUUUCCACAUGAAGAAAUAACUCCCAUCUUGCCUGCCUAUGCAUCACUUAUACCACCUGUGGGGGAGAAGAUACUAAACACAAAUUCUGUCAGCUCCAUCAAGAGUGGAAGAAAACAGUGUGUCGCUUCAUUCCCUCAAUUUUUCUGAACUUUUGUUAAAAUACAUUUUACAAAUUACUCACUGGAUCAAGUAUUAUCAAAAAUUAUGGAACCGUUAAAUGAGGGUAGGAUUAAACAGAAGGCCACAUUAGGUGACCAGGAUGGUUUGGCUAUGAAGGAGGUAGCUUCUGUUAUGAACACCUCCUUUGAAAAGGCUGAUAUCCCAGUCAUUAUCAUAGUUACUGUAUGCAGGAUCAUACCUGAUAGCACUUGCUACUCACUAUCAUACAGUGGCAGAGUCAGGAAAAACAUAAAUUCAGUUUUUAGUAAAUAAACUGUGAACCAUGACACUUCUUGCAUCAGUUAAAUAUAGUCUUACAGUUUUGAACAGUUUUAAUCCUGUAAUGAUUUCAGUUCUUGAUGGCGCUAGUCAACUGAGACUAUAAUUACAAAAGAUAGAUGUCAUAUAAGAGAACUGAUACGGAACAGGUUAAAGGAAAUAAAACCUUUACCAGAUGAGCAUGUCUGGAUCCGCCUGCAGUGUGGUGGAACUGUUACAGUCAAUGGUAGAAGAUGCUUCUGAACUCAUGAAGGACAGGUGAGGCCUGGGGCCUGGAAAAGGGCAAACGCUUGUAAAAAGAGCAGGCCAAUGUCUGUAAUAGGAAGAAGGGAAGAAAGAAUUUCAGAUCAGUGCACUUAAUAUCUACUAAAUUGCUAGAAUGAUUAAUAGACUUUAUUUUUAAAACACCUAGAGGAAAAUAAAGUGGUAAGUUAUUGGCAGCUUGUUCAUUAGAAACAAAUCAUAUCAAACUAAUUCAGUUGUAAAGUCCCUGGAGGCUGAUUCUUAAAGCGUCUGUCUCUCCUCCCCUGCCUUCUACACCAAGGCAAUUUGGCAAGAACUGAGAGGGAUCAUUGGUUUUGUAAGCAUAUGCAUACUAACUCUCUAAAAACUUAUCAGUUACUGGCAAAAGAAACCCAGGUAAAAUUUAAAAACACUGUAUUUCUUUCAUGGUUUAUGGUAAUUUGUGAUUUGUCAAAUACCCCGAUAAUGUUUUUCAGUGACAAAAAUGGUAUAACGUACAUUUAUAGGUAUAGGCAACAUAAUGUAGACCUUAAAAAACCCAAACAAACCCAAAUGCACUAUUAUACAAAUGCUUUGCUGCAAAUAUCUUAAAGCAAAAGCAAUGAGCUAUUUAGAUUUCUGGGUAAGAAUGUAGUUAAUAUCAGUGAAUCUUGGUGGCAUAUUAUACUAAGGGAAGAGCUUAUUAUAUGUACACAACUCUACAAAACUGUAAAUCCAGGCAACUUGAAUACUCAUACAGCUGUCAAUACAAAUUUGAAGCCACACAGACUUUCUGGAAAUUACUGGAAACCUGAGAACUGCUGCUACUUUACAGAAAUAACCCCAGAACUUAAAAAAAAAAAAAAAAAGAACCCUAAACCCAAAGAUUUGCAAUGCUUGUAAUCCCAAAAUGAAAUGUGUUUUCUAUAGUUUACGGUCAGAAUUGCUUGGAUUUCUCAGGUAAGAAGAUGGUAUUACUUAGUGUGGAGUGUAUUCUUUCACUUUUUGAGCAGCUGUUUCUUUCUUUGAUACAGUUUCCUUCAGCAACUAAAGUUAAAAUAAUCAACUCCUGAGUGUAAAAGGUUAAUGGAAGUCAUAUAAGCAAAUGAACACAGGGAUCUCUGAAAACCUUCCAUAGCGGUUAAGCUUCUGCUGGCAUGGCUGUAAAUCUAUCCAGGAGACAAUGCUUUUGGCUUUGCCUUUUAGACCCCAAUAGAGGCCAUACCUACGAAGAUGUUAUGUGUAUAGCUAUAGGUGAGGCAGGGCUUCAGAGAUUUCCACUUGUAAAUUUUUCUAAUUGGCUGAUCUCUCUCUGCAUACACAU